CAACAAGAGUAGGAUACUCGUGCGCCCUCUGGUGGUGGUGAUUGGCUGACCAAGUUACCAAUGGCAACAAACAUCAACAAACGCGUUCGCACAGCAAACUAUUAACAACUACAUUUCAAGUUCUUUACAGCUUUUCAAGCUUUUGGUGACUUUCUGUGUCGUGUGGUGUACUGCAGUGAUGGAUCCAACUGUCAGGCCCCUCAGAAUCCCUCCUGAGAUGGCCAUUUACGCAGAGAAACAUGACAUAUUUCAUUUGGUCCAGACACUAGUGAGAAAUUUGAUGGUGGACAAACCAGAGGACCCCAUUCAAUACCUGAUUAACUUCCUGAAAAGGGACAGUAUUGAUGUGCCAAGAAUCAUAUUGUUGGGUCCUCCAGCAUCUGGGAAAAGAACCAUAGCUAAGAAGUUGUGUGAGCACACACAGGCUAUUCACGUAACUCUUAGUGAUAUCUUAAAUGAUGACAAAAAUCAAGACAAAAAACAGAAGAUUUCCAAGGACCUCUGGAGCCAGUUGAUUCAGCAGCGCCUAUCAAAACCCGACUGUGUGCGACGGGGCUGGCUUUUGGAAGCCAUUCCCAUGACGCAAGAAGAGGCGCUAUGUCUACAAGAAGCAGGCAUCACCCCAGAUCAUGUUGUGAUGCUGGAAGCUCCUGAUGUCGUCCUGAUUGAAAGGAGCUCGGGCAAGAGGAUAGACCCUGUCACGGGAGAUAUAUAUCACGUCACCUUCAUGUGGCCUGAAAGUGAAGAGGUUGCACAGCGUUUAGAAACACCCAGGACAAUGAUGCCAGCUGAUCUUGUAGCCAAAAAGCUGCAGAAAUACCAUACAGAAGCUCAUGCUCUGAAGCGCACCUACCACAGCUGCCUGAAGAUCAUCAAUGCUGACCAGCCCCAUGUAGAUGUUUUCUCACAAGUGCUGAACUAUGUCCGUACUCCACGUCACUCUGCCUCACCCUACAUUCCUAGAAUCCUACUGUUUGGACCCCCAGGUUCAGGAAAGAGUCUUCAGGCAAAGCUACUUGCUCAGAAAUAUGGCAUUGUCGACAUUUGUUGUAGUGAGCAUCUGAAGGCUGUGUCAGCUGAUGAGAACCAUAUGGGGGAGCUCAUUAAACCCUACCUGGAGUCAGAACAGCAAGUGCCAUCCAGUAUAGUCCUGCGGAUCUUUACAGAGAGACUGAGCAGGAUGGACUGUACCACACGAGGUUGGGUGCUUCAUGGAUUUCCUCAAGAUGUGGAGCAGGCAGAAAAACUCCAAGAGUCUAAUUUCCUACCAAACAGGGUCUUCUUCCUGGAGAUGACUGAUGACAUUGCUAUUGAGAGGGUAACACUUAGGGCUGUGGAUCCUGUGACUGGAGAAUGGUAUCACACCGUGUAUAAACCUGCCCCUGGUCCAGAAGUGCAGGCCCGACUUUGGUUUGAUCCACGCAAUUCAGAGACACAGCUGCUAAAGAGGCUAAAGGAGUACUGGAGCCAUGCAGUGGACCUGCAGGCCUUCUACCCACAGGCAGUGUAUAUCAAUGCUGACCAGGAUCCACACACCGUGUUUGAGUCACUUGAGAGUAGGCUAGUGGGCUGACUACCCAAAGUCCUGUCUAACCGAGAAACAUAUGAGGUUAUAUUAAACCUAAGAAUUUAAAUUCUCUCACCAUUUACUCACCCUCAUGCCUUCCCAGAUGUUUAUGAUUUUCUUCUGUGGACCUCAAAAGGAGAUUUUUAGAAUGCAAGUGGAUGAGUCUCUCAAAGUUGACGCUUCAAAAACUACACAAAACAAAGGUGAUCCAAACGACCCCAGUAGAUGAAUCAAUAUCUUCUAAAGUGAAACGAUAGAUGUGUAAGAAAAUUACUAAUAUUUUAAACACUAUAAACUAUCGCUUCUGGCCAACUGUCAAAUGUAGGUUCAUAAGGUCAUGCUUGGCAUAACAUCAGCACAUUGUAAAACUCGUGCAAGAAGUCAUGCAGAAGUCAGCUCUGAGGACGUCACUUCUUCUUAGGUUUCACAAUCCGCUUACGUCACACUUCACAAUGUGCUGCCAUUUACAUCAAGCAUAAAAUCAUAUUACCACUGACUGAAAGUGAAUUAUAUAUUGUUGAUAAAUUGUAAAUUAUAUAUUAAUAUAAUUAUAUAUAUUAUACUAUAAAAAUACAUUGUAAAAUGUCUCACACACACCUUUCAUUUCACUUCAGAAGACAUCGAUUCAUCCUCUAGUGUGGUAUGGAUUACCAUUGUGUUUGUUUUGCAUGGUUUUUAGGCCAUCACCUUUGAGGGGCUUAUCCACUAACAUUAAAAUCUGUUUGUGUUGAAGAAAGUUAGUCAUACAUCUGAGAAUGUUUAUUUUUGGAUGGAGUAUCCCUCCAAAAAUUCUACAUCUGUCUGUUUUGCUUUUAGUUUUCUCCUGUCAUUUGUACAUCUGAUAGGCCACUUAAUAAAUUGCUUUUGAAUUUGA